AGCCGUUGAGCUGAGCUGAGCUGAGGACCAUUUCCUCUUCUAAGCUCUCUUCGUGAAAUAAUUUCCGAGUGGGUGAAGGGUUGAGGGAAUAGUUCCGUUCCGUUCCGUUCCGUUAGCGUGCGGGGAGUCUGCUAAAGUGCGCCAUGAGUUUACUGGAGAAGCUCUGGGAUGAUACAGUUGCCGGCCCCCGGCCCGAUAGCGGGCUCGGGAAACUCAGAAAACAUCCUACCUUUAACCUCCGACCGAACGCCGGGAAGGAAUCCGUAGUUGGAAGCCCGAGAUCAUACAGUAACGGAGCAGGAGGAGCGGCGGCGGAGGAUGCAGUGAGGGUGACAAGAAGUAUCAUGAUAGUAAGGCCGCCUCCAGUUGACUUUAAAGACUCGCCGCCGGCAUCGCCAGCCGGGUCAACACCUGGCUCUACAACACCUGGCUCUACACCUCCGGUAUCUCCCUUCGCCGCUUGCUUGGUGCAAUGUCUCUGUCCCCCUCUUUAUACUCCUUGAUGCUGUGCUGGAGGAAGAGAGGCGUUUCGGUUUCGCAGGAAGUCUGCAUCAUUCGCAUAUGAGAAAUCCAGCAGUGUUGGACCCAGGAGCCCUCCUCCUCCUUACGACCUGUGAGAUAUGAUGAGGCUUGGCAUUUUCCAUGUUGAGCGGCGGCUAAAGUAGUCGGAUUUUCGUCUUCUUCUCAGCUUUGUCAUGGGGAAAUCUUUUAGAUGAAUAGCACUGAGUGUGAAAAAGUUUGGUGGCGUGCAAUCAAAAAAUUAAUCUUGUAAAUAUGGGUUAUGGUAGUGUCUGCUGUCUCGGUCGCGGUGUAUGGAGGGCUGGUCAUGCAGACUUUUGUAAAAGCUCAGUUUGAAGUUUGUAAUGUGUCCUGGUCUCUGUAUGCAGAGCUCAGAGUGGUUUGGUUUCUCCCAAAACUGCUAAGUUUCUUCUGUCAUUUUCCGGUGCGCUUGAAUGCCUAUUUGUGUUGUGCAACUUUGGUUGAUAUUGCAGUAAAGCUCUCCUCUCCCUGUUCCUGUUUUUCAAUGGCAAUAUUUUUCCUUUU